AUGAUUGCUCUCAAACCCAUUGUUCACGCUUCCUUCACUCCAACCAGCGCCGCGCACGCGUUGCACCACGCGCCGCCCCACCUCGCGAGAGGUUCCGUUUGGUGCGUUUGCAGGUCGAAGGAGUCCGAUUCCGAGGACUCCCCCGCCGAAGGAGAUGCCAAGAGCCAAGAGCUUCUGGCACGCAUCGCCAUGCUUCAGACGCAGAAGGUUCGCCUCACCGAUUUUCUCGAUGAGAGGUCUGCAUACUUGUCGCAGUUUGGGGAAGAGGCCAAGGCUGAGUUUGACAAGAUCGGAGAAGAUGCGCUUAAAGGCUUGGAUGAAGCUGGUGCCAGAAUAACAGCAAACAUAGAGAAUGAGAUGCUAGCAUUCGAGGAAUCUACUGAACUUAACAGACUAGAGAUUGAGGAGAGUGAAAAAAAAGUGGUGGAGUUUGAGGGCCAAAUGGAGAAGGACCGAAACGAAGGUCUAUUCUUUAAGAACCUUGGACAGAAGGCACCUCUUGAUGAGGCAAAACCCAAGGAGGAGGUGGAAAAGAUCAAAGAUGUGAACAUAGAAAAAAAUGGUGGCAAAACCAGGAAAAACGUUUAUCUCUUCUUCAUUGGCUUGCUGACUUUUGGAAUAGUUGAUUCUAUUGCCUCAUCCUCUGGUGCUGAUUGGAAAAGAGUUUCAGUUCUUGGAGGUAUUCUUGUGGUCUUGUUUUCUUUAUUCAUCAAUGAACAAAACAAGGACAACAAGAAAGACUAA